AUGGCCGCUUUGAUAGAGGUGGGAGAUCUCCACGAACAACUUGGCCGUUGUGAUGGCUCGCACGAGAGUCAUGGAGUGGGUUUGCAUCCGGUAGACGACGACGAAGGACUAGGGCGAUCUUACGUGUGCUCGAUGUCUUCUACUAUCGAUCUGGGAGGUCAAGAAAGCGGGAACUGCGCUGACCUGGCGCUCAAUGUCCAGCGCUAUCUCUCUCGCAUUGUGGAGGAGCUACACCUCAUCAGCGCGUGGAGCUCAAGUAUCUACCAUCGACAGCAGCAGCGAAGUGACGCCGAGCUCGUCUCAACCAAAGGAGGUAGACGAAUCGACGAUAGCUCGUUUACAGCUAUGGCGCAGCUCGCGGUUGUUACCGACAUCGAGUUGAUGCGGCGCGACGUGGCAAAAGCUCAGCACGAACUCUUUCAACGGUGCACUACACAGAUGGCGUACGUACAAAGUGAGGCAACCGCAGCAAUAAGCAAGCAGGAUGCUCUCGUUAAUGAGCUUCAGCAUCGCGUGGACACCGCACAGCGCGCCUGGGACCAACAAGCGCAAGCUGUUCAAGUGCUGGAAAAGGCUCGAGCUGAGAGCGACACCCAAAUUCGAUCUGUAGCAUCGACGCUGCGUCAGGUGCAGCAGCAAACCUCAGCACAUCCCACCAGAAUCUCCGAGCUUGAGAAGUCUCUAGCUACCGUGACGACCGCGCAAUUUUCCCACGAUCAGGAGUUGCAAGCACUCCAACGGCGAGUCGAAAGCUGCGAAACUUCCCAUCAGCUGCAGCUUGAAAACACACGCCGCUCUGCUGAAGACUCGCUGACUGCCUUGCGGUCCUCGCACUCGCAGCUUUCUGCAAAGAUGCAGGUGCUGCGACUCGAGCUGCAGGAGUUGAGCGAAAGCACCCAGAAGCGACUGCAGCAGAUGCUUAAAUCCGUGAACUCAGUAGCGUCGAGCAUGUCCGGAAAGCCGGUACUAGGCCCUGGUGCUGCUGUGCCACCACGAAGACCCUCUGUAGCGACCCCAAGAACGCCCCGGUCGGGCGGUAAUACAGCGUCGAUCCAACUUUCACAAGGUGGAGCUAUCAACAACUCAGACGAUGGUGGCAAUAGCACGCAGACGGUGAUGGCCACGGGAGCGGAUGCAGUGGGGACGAGCGACUGCUUCAUCUACGCGAAAGCGGCGCUGCCCCACCGCAAGUCUAUCGCCGAUACGAGUUCAUUAAUGAAGAAGUCUACUGCGCCGUCGACAGGUAGCAGUCGAGGGCUAGUAGCCUCUGGUGGGAUCAGCUCAGCUUCAUCAAGUGUAACGGACUCGAAGACGAAGGACGGCAUGACCAACUUGUUGACUGUUCAGCAGUCAGUCAUGAGCGUGCCUUUGGGCUUCGAGGACGACACAAGGCCCCCUACACUCAUCAAUAUCCCAGCAAAAGGCAACACGGACCCACGAGAUCCGAUCAUCCCAACGCGGCGCACUGCCCAUCGACACAACAGCCUCCCAGACGUGAACCUCUCCGUGGCACAGGGCGCACUUUCGCCGCAUAAGUUCCAGGCCUCUCGACUCAACACCAGGCAAAAGUAG